AUGUUACCGUGUAGACUAGCGACGUGCGUGGCUGCACUUCUUGCACUAUGCUUCGCGCGCGGCGCCGUCUCACUGGACCUCCAACGUCUUUAUGGACACCACACAAAGCGAUCUGAAUACUGUCAUCCAUAUGAGCCGUUUAAGUGUCCCGUGGAUGGAAAUUGCAUCUCCAUACAAUACCUUUGCGAUGGUGCACCAGACUGCAUUGAUGGUUACGAUGAAGAUUCCAAGCUUUGUACUGCAGCUAAACGACCGCCCGUAGAAGAAACCGCAUCAUUCUUGCAGUCACUAUUGGCUUCACACGGCCCCAACUACCUCGAGAAAUUGUUCGGUAACAAAGCCAGAGAUGCCCUGGAACCACUUGGUGGGGUGGAGAAAGUUGCUAUUGCUCUCUCUGAAUCACAAACUAUAGAGGACUUCGGGGCAGCCUUACACUUGAUGAGAUCAGAUCUCGAACAUUUACGUUCAGUCUUCAUGGCGGUGGAGAACGGCGACCUGGGCAUGCUGAAGUCUCUUGGCAUCAAAGACAGUGAGCUCGGAGACGUAAAAUUCUUCUUGGAGAAGCUUGUGAACACCGGUUUCCUCGAUUGA